UGCAUUAAAAGUCACAUGACCAGUGUUGUUCAAAAUGGCGAAUACAGAAAAGGAGAAAUUUGACGCUGCUGUAAAAGUUAUUCACAGUUUACCGAAAGAUGGUCCUUUUCAGCCAUCGUAUGACAUGAUGUUGAGUUUUUAUAGUUAUUAUAAACAAGCAACUGAGGGGAAAUGUUCAAGACCAAAACCAUGGACAUGGGACAUCGUUAACAAAAAGAAAUGGGAUGCCUGGACAAAAUUAGGAGAUAUGCCAAGAGAAGAAGCAAUGGUAAAAUAUGUAGAAGAACUUAAAAAGACUAUCAAACAUUUCACUGAGAAGGGGUUGGCAAUGAAAGAACAGGGGGACCCCAGGAUUGUUGAGGCUAUGCCCCAAAAUGAGGAGGUUCGAGACUUCAUGGAAAAAUUAGGCAGUUUUUAUGAGAUAGUAGAUGAGGACUCACCCGUUCCCAAACCCUCAGCAGAAAACCACAAACCUCAGGAAGAAAAUGGCAUUCCAUCAGACAACGAAUCAACAGAUGGUAAGACCCCACUGGAAAUAUUUGACCACUCACAAAUGGUGGACACUGUUUUGAAGAAAAGUGAGGAUAUGAAUGACUUACUGAACCAAUCAGAUGAAGUUUUACAAAAUGGUUUGGAUGAAGAGGAUGAAAAUGAUACUUCCACAGACAUUGCAGUCAGCACAAAGAUACAUGAAGAGGCAAGAGAGCUAGUCACCAUGAAUGGAGAUCACAUACAUAUCACAGAUAGUAGACUGACAGUAGAGGCUCAUCAACAGAAGGGAAAUAGAUCUCCGGGGAAUCAAGAUAACCAGUCCCCACCCAGAGAGCGUAGGACCCACAGAAACAGACACCCUGUGUCAGGGGACCACCUGACCAGUGAGACAGAGAGUGAGGAAGAAUUCUGUGAUACCUCCGACCAGCCAUCACAGGACGAAACAGAUGCUGUAGGAAUCAAUCCAGCAAUGGCAAACUCUACACCUUUAAAGUCAGGAGGUAACAUAGGUAAUCACAUUCCAUUUGGAUCUCAUGGGCACAAUUUUUCCUCCCUUCCCUUCACUCCCUCCAAAGGUCGGCUUUUAGGCUUCGGUAACAGUGGUAGAGGUAUGACAGAUAGCCUUCUAGUCCAUGCGCCAGGACAUGACACUAUGAACCUCUCCUAUAACAGCAGUAAUAAGGAUGAGGAUCAGUCCAGUGGGAGGAGGGAUAUCAAUUUUAACUCAUCGUACCUGCAAGACUAUGACAAAGAUGUCCGGGUAGUGGGAGGAGGGGAUAUGUCUCCUCCAGGAGGGUAUUCUCAAGGUGAAGGUCGACCAAUCAGAGUACAGAAUGUUGGAGGGAGAGAAAUGGGAGGUAGACAAAACCAGCAGGGUGGUUCAUCAGGCUCUCAGAGUUAUCAUGGGAUGGGUGGGGGUGGAGGGAGGGACAAUGAGGGAUUCCCUGUGGGGGCCCCCUCAGGGAGCAUAGAGGCUCAAAUGGCAUUGGCUCUGGUUCGCUUACAGCAAGAUAUGAAUAAUGUGAUGGAAAGAGUCCACAACCUGGAGCGAGCUCAGAGAGAUCAGGGUAGAAAUGAGAGUCAUAAUAAAGACAAAAAGACAUCCCAGUGGUGGCCUUUUGAUUUCAACAGAAGAUCUCUAUUUGCCCUUCUAGUCUGGCCUCUUGUUGUACACUGGAUACUACUCAAGUUAUUCCAUAGGAGGAAACACAGACCACAAUGAUUUCCUGAAGUUCCAAUCAAUUAUCUGUGAUUUUUAAUUAUUUAAAAGUUAAGUGAUGUUAUUUUGUGUUUUAAAACUGAUUACUUAUACAAGACAAUGUUUUAUGUCAUGAUAUGUUUGACUUGGCAUUCUAGUAAAUUGUAAAAUAUGACAAUGGCA